GGAGCUGGCGGCUCCAUGAUCAUGGAGCCUGAAGAGCAUACUGGUACCGUGAUGAAGCAGCAGUACAUAGGUAUAGUGACCAUGCUGGACAUCCUCGCACAUAUAGCUGGGGAUGGUGGUGAACGGUUGCAGCUUGACCGGAAGAUGGCCGUCCCCGUCACGGCUGUCAUCGGGCACUGCCUUGAGGUUCUUAGUCUCUGGACGCUGAAUCCCAAUACUACCAUCCUAGAUUGCUUGGAAGUGUUCAGCAAAGGCAUCCACCGCGCUUUAGUACUGUUGGACAGCUACGUCGACAGUACCAAUGGCGUGGAACUGGCAGAUUCACCAACUACUAAUUUAAACUUUAAGAUCGACCGAAGAAUGAAAGAGUUUGACGAUCUUGAGGAAAACCAUAGCUGCCUUCUCGACGGCGAGCGGAGGAGGCUGGUCGGGACAUUCUCGGCUACGGGUUUGAGGGGUUGCCAUCUCGCUACCCUACAGUCAUGGCUGUUUGUGAGUGCGCUAGACUUCACGGAGAAGAUCUCGUCAAGCCCGCUAUACGCAGGUACUGGUGAAGGAACUCGACCUAGGGAGCUCAUGACUUGCAAGAACGAGUCAUCCCUCGCCGAAGUGAUGCAAAAGGCAGUAGAUAAGCACGUGCAUCAGGUUUGGGUCGUGGACCACCACUGCCUGCUGACUGGCAUUGUUUCUCUCACUGACAUUAUACGAGUUCUUAGGGGUCGCAAUCUUAUCGGCUUAAUAUAG